AUGAAGCAUGAUCAUGCAGUAAGGACUCGCUUACCGUGUUCCUGUCCGCUCGACCCAAUUCGCCCGCACCUGCCACCUCCACCUGCAAAAGCACGUCAGAACAUUAAAAGUCAAUACGUCAAAUAUAACUUCGUAUCGAAUGGUUCAGAAACAUUGAAAAUGGAUCUCUUUAACGACAAGAAGCGUGAACAACGUAAAUUCAGAGAAAGUAUGUUCGCAAUCCGUCAUCCCGAAGUUGCUGAGGAAGGCCUCAGCUCAUACCGCGACAGCCGUUUCAAGAAGAAGGAAUUUGAAGAAGCUCUCCGUAGGUCGACCACAGUGUAUGUUGGAAAUUUGUCGUUUUACACUUCCGAGGACCAGAUUCCAUUUAGGACGUGCGGCACGGACACGGCUGCCGCCACUGGUGGUCGCGAGUAA